UUAUAAAUGCCAACCAUCUUCUUCAAUUCUCCCCUUGUUCUUCAUCAUCAUUCUCAUCAUCAUCAUAGCCAUGACUUAUUUCCUGUUUCUUUUCUUAACCUCUCUUUUAAUUACAGGAAUUGAUUCAUCAGCAACCUUUACUCUUUCAAACAACUGCGAUUACACAGUCUGGCCGGGAAUUCUAUCCAACGCCGGAAUUUCACCCCUUCGAAUCACCGGCUUCCAACUUCAAAAGGGCGAAUCGAAAACCAUCAACGUGCCGUCGUCUUGGGGCGGCCGAUUGUGGGGUCGUACUCUCUGUACAGAGGAUUCGGCCGGAAAAUUCACCUGCGUCACCGGUGAUUGUGGCUCCGGCAAGGUAGAAUGCUCCGGCGGAGGGGCGGCGACACCUGCUACUCUGGCGGAGUUCACCCUUAAUGGAGAUAAUGGAAUGGAUUUCUAUGAUGUCAGUCUUGUUGACGGUUAUAACCUACCAAUGCUGGUGCUACCACAAGGCGGCGCCGGAGAAAACUGUACGUCGACCGGUUGUACGGUAGAUCUGAACGGAGCAUGUCCGUCGGAGUUGAAAGUGACGUCAUCCGACGGCGAGCGCGUGGCUUGUACGAGCGCGUGUGACGCGUUUGGACAGGCACAAUAUUGCUGUAACGGUGAAUAUGGAUCGCCGGAUACUUGUAAACCGUCGUCGUAUUCGAAGGUUUUCAAGACUGCGUGUCCACGCGCCUACAGUUACGCGUACGAUGAUAAAACCAGCACUUUUACUUGUACCGGCGCCGAUUAUCUGAUUACUUUCUGUCCGUCGCCGAAUAACAGUAAAAAAUCAUAUUCGUCUUCAUCUGACCCGCAAAUACAAACUCCCGAAAUUUGGAAUAGCUCGAUUGUAUACGAGGGCGCGAUGGAAAUAAGCGGUUCAACAUCAAUUUUUGGAUUGUGUAAAUUGUUCUGGUCGGCCACUUCUUUGUUAUUAUUAUUUGUAUUAUUCGAGUGAAUAUUUUUUUUUAUUAUUGAUAUAAAGAAAAAAAAAAGGAUGGUGGGAGAUUUGAUAGGUGAAAAGAUCUUGAUGCCUAUUGUUCUUGGUUCAUACACUUUAGAAACGAACAAUUACUAGCCCAUCAUGUGUGGACCAUUAUCAUUGUCAUAGUCCUCCACGCAUCUGAUUCUUUCUCCCA